AUGAACACUCAACAUACAAACCGCAACAAUGAGCAGUAUGAAGUAGUGGGACCUGCAGAUGCUGUUCUUGCUGUAGCUGGUGAAGAUGUGAUUUUGCCCUGUUCAGUCAAACCCAACAUCAGUGUUGUGGACAUGAGAGUGGAGUGGUUUAGACUUAAUUCGGAAGGCUCACAAGUGCAUCUUUAUGAUAAUCAUGAAGACAGAAACACAGAUCAGAGUCAGUCCUACAGAGGCAGAACAAAACUGAAUCAUCAAGAACUACAGAGAGGAAACACAUCACUCAAACUCUCAUCAGUCCGAGUCUCUGAUGAAGGACUUUAUAAGUGUUUUAUUCAGUCCAAAUCCUGGUAUGAUGAUGCCACUGUUAAUGUCAGAGUUGAAGCUGUAGGACGUCCUCCAGUGAUCACUGUAGAUGGGUUUGAUCAUUCAGGAGGACUUCAUCUACAGUGUGAAUCUGAAGGUUGGAAUCCUGAACCUGAUCUUGAGUGGCUGAACAGUGAAGGAAUCAGUUUGAGUUCAGAAACUACAGAGAUGCAAAGAAAAAUAGAUGGAUUCAGUGUGAAACACACCAUCACUGUACAUGAGAGAGACAGCAAGAUUCACUGCAGAUUCAAACUGAAGCAUCACAUGCGGGAGACACUGAUGAUCACAACAAGUAAUAUGUUUAAUUCUUGGAGGACAUCAGUCAUCCUGAUUUCAGUUUUUGUUGUGCUCAGUGUGAUUGCUGGAAUACUGAUAGCUGUGUUUGCUCAUAAAAAUGAAGAACACAUUCAGUUACAGAGAGAACACAGUCAACUACAGAAUGAACACAGUCGACUACAGGAUGAGAAGAGGAGAAUACAACAUGAACGUGAUCAACUUUUGAAGACAAUUCUACCUAUAGCUCUCAUAUAUUUAAAAACAGACAAGGUGAAUGUGAUUCUGGAUGCUGAUACGGCUCAUCCACAACUCAUCGUGUCUGAUGAUGGGAAACAAGUGAGAUCUGGAAACACACAAAAGAAAGUGGAUGGAGGAAAAGACAGAUUUACUGAAUAUCUUGGUGUUGUUGGGAAGGAUGGAUUCUCCUCAGGGUGUUUCUACUUUGAGGUGCAGGUGAAGGAACAAACUAAGUGGGAUUUAGGAGUGACCAGAGAAUCUGUUAACAGGAAGGGUUUGAUCAGUCUGAGUCCUGACAAUGGAUACUGGACUGUGGGACUGAGAAAUGGGAAGUAUUCAGCUUGUGAUUCUUCUGUUGUCUCUCUUUCUCUGAGUGUGGAUCCUCAGAGGGUUGGUGUGUUUGUGAAUUAUGAGAAGGGUCUCGUCUGCUUUUAUGAUGUGGAGUCCAUGUCUCAUAUCUACACUUACACUGAUCAGUGUUUUAAUGAGAAACUCUAUCCAUUUGUUAGUUUGGGGUAUAUGGCAUAUUGGUGGAAUGUAAACUCCACACCACUGAUCAUCUGUGAUGAUUACUAAUGAGAUCAGUGAAUUUACAUGAUCAACUGAAAUAAAAGAAAAUGCAAUAAAAAUGGUAACAGGAAUAAUAGAUAGUAAAGUUCAUAGACAAACUUUGAAGCGUGUUUGAGAAAGCCAGACCAGAAAGUUUUAAAUGUUUUUUAAAAGUUGUAAAAGUUCGAUAGUUUUCAGUUUGAAAUAGUUUUAAAAAUGAAAGUCUAAAGGCAAAACAGUCUAUUACAUAGAUAGAUAGGGUUGCUAUGCAGAUGAUAGGGUACUUAGGGUUGUUGCUAAGGUGUUGCUGAGUGGUUUCUACAGUGUUGCCAUGUGGUUGCUAGGGUACUCACGGUGGUUGCUAAGAUGUUUCUCUAUGGUUGCUAAAGAACCAAGCUAGGUUGCUAGGGUACCCAGAGUGAUUGCUAAGGUGUUGCUAUGUAGUUGCUAGGUUAUCAGGGCCGUUACUGUGGUGUUGCUAUGUGGUUGCUAGGGUACACAGGGCAAUUGCUAGGUUGGUUUGGAUGGUUGCUAGAGUGUUGCUAUGAAGUUUCUGGUAUCAUAGACGCUAUACAGAUAGAUAGAUAGAUGAUAGAUAGAUAGAUAGAUAGAUUAGAAAUAUUAGGUUAAAUAAGUUUGAAUGAGUCUCAACAGAUUAGAAAUAGUAAACAGAAGCUUGAUUGACUCAAGGGAUUCUGGGAGUUUUGACAGUUGGAGUUUGAAUUUGGCUCAUUUGAACAUUCUGUCAAUGUAAGUCUAUGGGAUGUUAAUGAUUUUUGAUCUUCAGUUUUAUGAAAACCAUAAAUCAGUUAUAAAAGAUACAGGAGCUGACUUCAGAUCAGUCUGAAGAUCUGAGCUGAGUUUGGUGGCUGUAGAGUUAAAGCUGUAGAUCAGGGUUCCUCAAAUCUUGUCCUGGAGUGUCGCUGUCCUGCACAGUUUAGCUCUGACUCUGAUCAAACACACUGACACAAACUAAUCAAUGUCUUCAGAAUCACUAGAAAUCACAGGAAGGUGAACUUGAUCAUGGUUUGAGCUAAACAAUGCAGAUCAUCAGCCCUCCAGGAUCAGAUUUGAGGAGCCCUGAUCUAGUUACAGUCAACAGAAGAAGAAGAAUAUGUUUAAAUAACAUUUCAGUAAAUUGGCUUUCUCAAUCCAACUUAAAUAUUAAAUUUUAUUUACACUAACAGUCAAACAUUUGGACACACAAGGGUGAUUUUAUGUUUAUUGUGACCGUAAAAUAUUUUGAUUUAAAGACUUCUGCUUAAAUGACUGAAAUGACUUUAUAAAAGAAUAUAAAUGAUAUAUAUAUGUAUGAAUUUAUUUACAAGGUCGAUCCUUUACUUUAACAUAAAUAAUGUUUUGAUCUGGAGCAGAAAAUGAAUGAAAACAUCAUGAAGAUCAUACAGUUACUGCUCCUUCUUCAAUAGUGUUUGUUGAUGAAUGUUCUUCAUUUUCAGUUUUUAUUAUUAAUUUGAUUUCUCAUUCAUUUUGUAUUUUAUUGAAUUCUUGUGACUUUCCAACUCUGUUUUAAUUUUUCUAGUAUUUUCAUGUUAUCUGUCUGUCUGAAACUCUCUGUUUGAUACAAAAUAGACUUUUACUGCCAAGAUCCCUAAAGGACUGUUACAUACUGUUUACCUGGUUUUAUGUACCUUGUAUUUUUGUUAUUGGGACUUUUAGGUUGCAUUCAGCCCUGUUUUGUUCUUGUCUCCUGUUCUGUUUGUAGUCCUUUUGUAGUUUUCUUGUUGAUUAGUUUCCAGGUGUGUCUGGUUGUUAGUCUGUUAACUCUUGUGUUCAUGUUUCCUGUGGUCUUUGUUGGUCUUGUGCAUCGAUUUUGCUCCUUGUUCUUGGUUUAUUGUUUGUGUAAUAAAUCCUGUAUUUAUUUUUUACUCUCCCUCGCCUCUGAAUGUUCACCAUCAUUAUAAAGACUAAAGAAGUGUCAUAAUAAUAAAUAAUUAAAU